AUGCACUCCUGUGCGUCUUCAUCUUCACGUUCGUGUGGUAGUUUUACUGGCUUCACCACAACGUUGUUGUACUGGAUGAACUUAUCGCUGCUAAUCCUGGUGCAGACGUCCAUAGAUCAGAUCCAGGCGUACGCGUUGACAGGCGUGAGGGUGGCGGAGACUAUUGGCGUGCUAAUGAACUCGAUCUUCACCCUGUUCAUGGGCUUCAACCCUUCUGUGAAUAGGAACAAGAGCAGCUACAUGUGGUUGUACGCCAUCACACCUCAGCACUACCCGUUCGAUACCCUUGGCUUGCUGAUGUUUGGCCAGUGUGACGUCGACCCAACGUGGAACGAAAGCACGCAGGCAUGA